UGUCGGCUCGGUCAUGUGAUCAGCUGUGUCCAAUCACAGCUGAUCACAUCAGCACCACCUGUUAGUGUCCAACAGUGCCAGCUCUCAGUGCUCAUCCAUGCCACCUGCCAGGGCCCAUCAGUGCCACAUCAGUGCCACAUUUCAGUGCCACAUCAAUGCCACAUAUCAGUGCCCAUCUGAGCUGCCUUUCAGUGUCACCCAUCAGUGCCAGUCAGUGCCACCUAUCAAUGCAAGUCAGUAAGACCUAUCAGUGUUGCCAAUCAGUGCCAUCUAUCAGUGCCAGUCAGUGCCGCCUAUCAGUACCAGUCAAUGCCGCCUAUCAGUGUGUAUCAGUGUCGCCUAUCAGUGCCUGUCAGUGCUGCCUAUCAGUGCCG